AUGGCAAGUGCGACUAAUAGAUCUCGUAAGCGUAUCAAACUAUCAAAUAACUCACUUGAACAAGAAUCAGUCCCGGUUGAGAACACGGUCAAUAAAAUUUCAUCAAGAUCGCCAUGCUUACCAAAUAUUGAUGUGGAGGCAAAGUGGUCGCCCAAUGGUAUAACUGUAGCAGGAGGCAAUGGCCCUGGAAAGGCCAUCAAUCAAUUACAUCAUCCAUGGGAUCUGGACGUAGAUGAUGAUCAAGCUAUUUAUGUAGCUGAAUAUUCAAAUCAUCGCAUUAUGAAAUGGACGUGUGGUGCCGUGCAAGGAGAAGUCGUCGCUGGUGACAAUAGACAAGGAAAUCGAAAUAAUCAAUUGAAUGGCCCAGCAAACGUAAUUGUCGAUAAAUAUAAUGAUGCUAUUUUCAUUUGCGAGCAAGGAAAUAGGCGCGUCGUUCGAUGGCCACUUCAUAAUGGCAAACAGGGAGAAACAAUUAUUUCAGAUAUUAAUUGUUGGGGUUUAGCCGUCGAUCGUGAUGGAUAUCUUUACGCUUCUGAUUAUAAAACGCAUGAGGUAAAGCGGUGGCAUUCAGGGGAAACUUUAACUACCGUGAUAGCGGGUGGUAAUGGAAAGGGUAAUCGUCUCGAUCAAUUUAAUUUUCCUGCUCAUUUAUUUGUCGAUCUGGAUUAUUCACUGUACGUAUCAGAUAUCGGCAAUCAUCGUUUGAUGAAAUGGACACAAGGUGCCAAAGAAGGUAUUGUUAUCGCCGGUAAUGGAAGUGAAGGAACAAAUCUAACACAAUUAUCCUAUCCUGCUGGAAUAGCUGUUGACAGUUCAGGUACUGUCUAUGUUGUAGAUUCACAUAAUCAUCGGAUAAUGCGUUGGUUACAAGGAGCAAAAGAAGGUAGUGUCGUUAUUGGUGACUAUGGGCAAGGAGCAGAAACAAAUCAAUUGAAUGGUCCUCUGGGCUUGUCAUUCGAUCGGCAAGGUCAUAUUUAUGUAGUUGAUAAUCUUAAUCACAGAAUACAAAAAUUUCAUAUAGAAUCAAUUUGA